CUUUAAUCUUUCUUGCCCAUUUAAGAGUUUGCAGUGAAUUCUAUCUUUUGAGGGAAAAAAAUGAGCUCUGAACUAAGUCUUCCUGUUAUAGAUUUCUGUAAGGUAGACUUAAAACCAGGCACUGCUGAAUGGGAUUCUUUAAGAUCCCAAGUUUGGAAGGCGAUAGAAGAGUACGGUAGCUUCAAGGUUGUGUUUAGCAAAAUUUCACAAGAGCUCCGAGGGACAUUUUUUAAUGAACUUGAAAAGCUAUUUGCCUUGCCUCUUCAGACCAAGAAGUCUUAUGUUACUGAAAAACCCUUCCGCAAAUAUGUUGGGCAAUCACCAUCGUCGCCGCUCAAUGAGAGUUUCGUCAUUGAUGAUCCACUCAUCUCCCAAAUCCUGGAACAUGUUCUGUGGCCGCCCCAAGGAAAUCCCUGUUUCAGAAAAAUUAUGCAGUCCUUCUCCAAGGAAGUAUUUGAAUUGGAAAAAAUAAUAAGGAGGAUGAUUGUGGAGAGCUUGGGUGUGGAGAAGUACUUGGACGAGCACAUGAACUCGGCAACUUACAUGCUUAAACUCUCAAAAUAUGGAAGCCCCCAUACAAGUGAGGCAGAGUCUGGGCUACCUGCUCAUACAGAUAAGAACUUGAUUACCAUUUUACAUCAAAAUCAUGUUGAUGGGUUAGAGGUACAAACCAAAGAUGGAGAGUGGAUUCAGGUGAAAUUUUCACCAGAAUCUUUCGUCAUCUUAAUCGGAGAGUCUUUUUACGCAUGGACAAAUGGCAGACUCCGCUCUACUUAUCACCGGGUAAGGGUGAAUGGCAGUGAGGCAAGAAUCUCUGCUGGAUUUUUUUCAAUGUUCAAAGAAGGGUACAUAAUGAAAGCCCCAGAAGAGUUGGUUGAUGAAGAACAUCCAUUGUUAUUUAAGCCCUUUGAUUAUUCUGAGUUCCUCAAGUUCUUUCAGACACCCGCUGGCAGGAGUUCUGUGUCUGCUCUGGAGGAAUAUUGUGGCGUCUGAUCUACCUUCAAAUACCUAUAG